AUGGCGAGGCCGACGCGCGCGCUCCUGCUCCUGCUCCCGCUCCUCAUGCUCCUGGCGCUGACGGCGACGCUGGCCCGCGCGUCGUCGGGCGACGUGCCGGCGGCGGCGACCCUGGGCUGGGACCUCGGCGUUGUGGGCGCGGGGGAGGACGAGGAGUUCGGCUUCCCCGGCGGCGACUCCGUGGCGCGCCGGGUGCUGCAGGGCGGCGGCUACGUCAGCUACGGCGCGCUGCGGAGGGACAACGUGCCCUGCUCCGUCCGGGGCGCCUCCUACUACAACUGCCGCCCCGGCGGGCAGGCCAACCCCUACUCCCGCGGCUGCUCCGCCAUCACGCGCUGCCGCGGCUGA